AUGGAAUCAAAGUUUGAAAAUGAAGAUCGAAUUGAGAUAGUGAAAAUGGAGGAAGGGUUGGGCUAUGGAAGCUCAUUAGCAGUUCCGAGUGUCCAAGAAAUUGUUAGGAAUGAGCCUAUGAAUGUCCCUGAAAGAUACGUCCGUGAAACCAAAGAAAGACCAUUAAUAAGCUCUCAAAUCCUUCCUCUUUCCGCUCGCAUUCCAAUCAUUAACCUAUCUCGUCUCGCCAAUGGAGACGACCACGAGAGACUAAAGCUCCACAUCGCCUGCAAGGAAUGGGGUUUCUUUCAGCUAAUAGGACAUGGAAUCCCCAAGGAAGUGUUGUGCGGAAUGAAGGAGGCUGUGGAAGCAUUCUUCCGCCUUCCUUUGACAGAAAAGAAAAAGUAUGCGAUGAUGGUUAAUGACCUACAAGGAUACGGGCAAAGUUACGUCGUAUCCGGUGAGCAAAAACUCGAUUGGAACGACUUAAUUUUCUUGAUGGUGUCACCUAUCAGUACUAGGAACAUGAAGUAUUGGCCAACCGCUUUACAAGGUUUCAAAGAGGCUGUGGAAGAUUACUCUUCUUAUAUUGUAAAUGUGACAAAUGAGAUAUUUGGCCACUUAUCUAUAUUAAUGGGCAUGAAAAGAGAAGGCCUAAAAGAAUUGCAUGGUGAGAUCAUGAAGCAUGGGAUGAGAAUGAACUAUUACCCGACUUGCUCCAAGCCCGAGCUCGUUCUCGGUGUGAGUCCUCAUUCCGACGCGAGCUCAAUCACUUUACUCCUUCAAGACGACGAUAUCACGGGCCUUCAAGUCAGACACAUGGAUGUAUGGGUACCUGUGGAACCCCUCGCAAAUGCAUUAGUUGUCAACAUUGGUGAUGCUUUGGAGGGAUGGAGCAACGGAGUAUACAAGAGCGUGGAACAUAGAGCGGUCACCAACAGUGAAAAAUCAAGAAUAUCGGUUGCGAAUUUUGUCAUACCAGAUAACGAGGUUGAUAUUGGUCCUGUGGAGACAAUGGUGAAUGAAAAGUGCAAGCCUAAGUUGUACAAAAAUAUGAAGUAUAUUGAAUACUUGAGGUAUACUUUAGCAAGGGAAAUGGAUGGGAAAUCCAAUCUUGAAUACCUUCGGUUGGAUGUAUAA